AUGUUAGGACUUCGUGCAGCCAUCAGAAACGACGGCAUAAGCGCCGCGCAAAUGGUUUACGGCCGACCACUGCGAUUGUCAGACCUGAAAGAUUGUUCACACGUAUUUUUAAGAAUCGACCGAAUUAAAAAAGCUUUAGUAUGUCCAUAUGAAGAUCCAUAUAAAGUUUUAGAGAAAUCAGAAAAAGUAUUUAAAAUUCAAAUAGAGGAUAGAGUCGUUUCGGCAUCCAGUUGCAACGAGUCAACAUUAUUAGCUAGCUACAAAGUCCCAUAUCGAGUUGCUAAAGCAGGGAAACCACAUACAAUUGCCGAAAAUCUUGUUUUGCCAGCGGCACUCGAUAUGGUUGAAAUUAUGGUCAAAGGGGUCUCCGGGGAGUAUGUGGUCACUAGAGUGACUCCGGUAUUAGCACGUGGGGAAGAGGCAAUCUCUGUUGCACCAUCAAAGCAUUGCUCAUCCUUUACAGUUGACAAGUAUGAGGAGGCAACGAUAAGCUCCAUACCGGAAGAUAUUAGUGUUCCUCAAACCGAUCCGAGUCUCCAGUCAGAUCGGAUUGGGUUUCUGGUGAAUAUCAUAGGUGGUUUUUCCAAACCUGGAAUUUGGCCAAUUAAUCAACUGGUAUUUGGCGACGACGACUUUGCUCCGAUAGACAUUUUCAGCACAGGUUAUCACUAUUUGACAGAUGAGAACACUCACAAAAGACAAGAUUUACAUUUUGUAGACUCGGAAACAAGUCAAAAUAAUGAAGUUGUUGAUAGAGAACAAAAUAAAACUCCUACUUUGGAUACCGACCCAAUUUCAGUGUCUGAUGCUGACGAUUCUCUACAUGUUCCUUCAUCACAGGCUAUGCUUACUCCUGACGUAGUUAGACCUUAUCCAAAAAAGGCGAUUACUGAUAGUGUCUUAAAAAGAAAAGGGAGAGAAAAGGGACGAUCAAGAAUAUACACUGACACACCAUAA